CUUUUUCCCAUUUUUUUUCGCUCGCCACGACACACACCUUCCACUUAUCUUCACACACAGCAGAUAACUUUGGGCCAAGAGUAGUUUUACAAUGGCUGAUGAUAAAAAUAAGAUACCGUCAUCCUCAGAAACACCUGUAAAAAGCAGGUCCUCUGCGCCUCCCCGAGCCAGUUCAUCCACACAGUUAAAGCAUAUGGAAGAAUGGAGAAAGGUAAUGGAGAAGCAUCCUUAUCAGCGGCCUGCACCCGACGCUUCGCGUGGUCCAUGCCCAGCCAUCAACACGCUCGCCAACCAUGGUUUCAUCAACAGAGAUGGGCGGAACGUGACACAAAAGCAGCUGUACGAAGGAGUUGUGAAGCUAGGAAUGGCGCCCCUGGCUGCACGCUAUAUCUCCAGUAUGCCAUAUUCUCAGUUUAAACAACAUCAUCCGUCCGACGGUAUAUUUUCCUAUCUCCGAGGGUAUGCCGAGACCAUCGACUUGGAACAGCUCGGAAUCCACAAUGGUAUUGAGCACGACGUCUCUCUCAGCAGAAAUGACGUGAAUCUGGCACCCUGUAGUUCUGUUCAGCUCGUCCCUGAGCGAGUCGAGCAGAUGAUCCAGAUUGCCGCAAAGCGGACACGCGCGGAGGGUGAUAAGGAUAAGCAAAAGAGCAGCCAGCAGCAACAGGAACAACGGCUGUAUAUUUCGGACAAGGAUGUGUACGAUCAUCGUAAGCUGUGUUGGCUCGAAUCAAUCCGGGAUAACCCUCAGUUGUUAAUGGGUCUGUUUCAACAGAUGGCCAUUGUAGCAGAAACUGUCGCACUUAUGAAUAUACUUGGCCGUGAUCAGGCCAUUCCGGAAGAUCAUCUUCGAUCGUUUUUCUUGGAGGAAAGGAUUCCAGAUGACUGGUACCCGCUGCAAGCUUCGUCCAUAUUCAAGACGAUGAAGCGAUCCUGGGAGGCUUUCCAAGGAGUACGCAACAGUACUGCAAUGUUGCCUCGAGAUGAAGGGGAAGGAGGGAGCUCGGGAAAAAAACAGAAAUAGCAGUGUAGUAGUAGCAUACGUAAUAUUGCAAAGUACUGUAUCCGAAUAUAGGACCUUGAUGUGAUAAUUUGAACAAGAUGUUCUCUUGUUACAGUAUACGAUUAAGCAUGUACGAAAUAUGCUCAGCGCUUAUUAAUCAUUUUUAUGUUUGUAGUCAAAAUAGUGAUA